AUGUCAUGCAUAAAGAACGACAAUGGAGGAUGGUCCGGUGCUACAGUGGCACUUGUGGUGGCAACUGCCGCGGGUCCACUUGGUAAUGUGACGGCUGGAGUUGCCACCGGGGCAACUGUGGCACCUGCAGCAGCCCCACUUGGUAAUGUGGCGGCUGGAGUUGCUACCGGUGCUGUGACUGUGUUGGGGAUAUUAGCAACUGGGGCCACCGUGGUGAUUGGGCCUGCUCCAAUUGGUAACGUCGUGGGACCAGUGGCUGGAAUUUGGCCACUUGGCAGUGCGGCAGCAGGGGCCACCACAGGUGCCACAUCUGUAUCUGUUGGAUCAGACGCUUCAGGGGCGUUGGCUGGGAGUGGCAUUUCGGGGUCCACUUCAUCAAGGAUUCGAGCUGCGUUUGCACAUCGAAGCGAUAUGGCCAGCAGCAAGCAGCAGAUUAUAGCCUUGAGAGUGUUGGAGAAGGAAAGUUUUCAGGAGAGGAGAGAAGAUCAGAUCAGAUUUGUUGGAGAAGAGAGUGGAGUGUAA